GCCGACCCGGGCCGCUUCCGCGGAACACGCGGCCCGCUGAGCCGCGGCAUUACGUCGCGCACCGCCGACCGCGACUGACGUUCGCGCCAACUUCGCUCAAGUUGCGAUCCGCUACUCAUCUAUGUCCUAUCUCUUUAUCAGAGCCAUCAUUUUCAUCAUUUAUCAUUAUUGAUCUGAGAUGUGACGAAAAGGAAGAAACGAAAAAAAGAAGGGGGAAAACAAAAAAAAAAAUAAAAAAAAAAAAAGAAAAGACAGGAGACCAGUGAUAAAAUUAAUGAUAAUUCAUAAGGAAACAAUAAGUCAGUUAAAUCAUUGUAAUUUAUGGAUUUAGGAAAACUUUCGAGUGUUCGGAGUGAUAUUGUGAAGGACUCCAGUGAGCCACGUGCUUUGUGAUUCCUGCGCAUUUUAUUCUUUUUUUUUCUUUUAUUUGUUUUCUUUCUUUCUUUCUUUCUAUCUUUCUUUCUUUCUUUCUUUCUUUCUUUCUUUCUUUCUUUCUUUCCUUCUUUCUUUCUUUCUUUUUUCCUUUCUUCUUUUUAUUUCCAUUAGUGACUAACGAUAACAGAAAGAUCCAAGAUACUUUAGUUAUUGUUCGAGCUUUGAUCAAUAAGUGAUUUAAUCGCUUUAUGAGAGAAAGAAGAAAGACGAGGUGAGAUGGAACAAGGAGAGGUUUCUAUUCGAUUUUAAAAGAUGAACCAGUGAAUAUAAAGGAUGCGCUCGAUCGAAGAAGACGAAUGCGCGAGCGGAGGACAACGUGGAGGUACCUGUUGGUAGCAAAGUGGUGGUCGCUCGUCGACGGGUCGACUAGCUCGGCUCCGUCGGUAAGGUCCGCUUCAAGUAAAGGUCACGACGUCUCGCGCGGAGGGUACGUGUUUGGUGGGUGACGAGGAGCGGCUACUGGCCGAUGGGAUGCAUCUACCGGUGGGUUCCGUGGGCUGCGGGGAGAAUUACGGCACCGUCGGAUCUCAGGAAGGCGCCGGCCCGUGCGGUCCCUCCCUGGCACCCCUCCAAGGGGUCAACACCAGGUACCACCAGGGUGAGGACGGCGAAAACGGCGGUGGUGCCGGCGAAAUGAGCGAGGGUGCCGCCGUCGGCGAACUCUGGUGGACCGAGAGACUCGUCGGUGAGGCACAGGCUGAACAUCCCGGCGAACUCGUUAGAACAGGUUCGCCGUACUUCCUCUGCAGUCAAUUGCCAACUCAUUGGAGAUCCAACAAGACCCUACCAGUGGCUUUUAAAGUUGUAGCCCUCGGCGAGGUCGGCGAUGGAACCCUCGUUACUGUUCGCGCUGGUAACGAUGAAAACUGUUGCGCAGAACUACGUAACUCGACUGCACUUAUGAAGAAUCAAGUCGCAAAAUUCAACGAUCUUAGGUUCGUCGGUAGAAGUGGAAGAGGAAAGAGCUUUAGCAUCACGAUAACCGUUUCGACGAGUCCACCUCAGGUAGCAACCUAUACCAGAGCGAUCAAGGUGACCGUCGAUGGACCGAGAGAGCCACGUUCGAAAACGAGACAACAGCAUCAACAAUUUCGAGCUCUUGGUUUGGGUCAGAGACCAUUCUUGGAUGCCCCGAGCUCGUUCACCUCCCACCUACGAGAACUGGAGUCGUACAGGAGGAAUAAGCAUCACCAUCAUCACAGCAGUCACUUACACGGACAACAGACUGGCAGCAACGUCACCGCGAAUUCGGUUAGCGGUGCCUGUUCCAACCCCAACAACACCGACCCAACCGCAUCGCCCGCUUCCAGUACACACCUCGGAGCUACCGGAGGAGGUUCCUCUAGUUCUGCUCAUCAGGAUUGUUACAAGCAUAGUCCUCAACACGGUGACACAAGUACGAGCACCACUGAGUGGUCUUAUCCAUCGACAACUCCUUAUCCAGCUCCAACAGUCAGUAGCGGUGGAUCGUACUCUCCUAUUCCAGGUGGUGCAUUUUCUUAUCCCGGUGAAUCUUUAUCACAUCAUCCAACAACGGAACCUGUACCGCUACCAACCGUUUUACCAUCCGAGAGUCAACAGGACACCUACACUCCAAACUGCGUUUCCAUGUAUUCCGGUCACGGAACUUCGUCAACAUCGUUGCCUCUGAUACCUGGAAAGCCCAAUGACCCCGAUAUCUUCGCAGGUGGUGGAACAGGAAGCGCAAGUCCAGGAUACCAUUAUGGUUCCUGGACACCUGGACCAGCUACACCAGUACCGGUCGCUUCACACAAUUACAAUCCUAAUUAUCAAGGAUAUUACAACAACCCAAGUCAAAAUUACAUAAGUCCGGCCCCGAUGGUACUAUAUCCGCAGCUCUACAGUACGGUUAAUCAGAAUCAGAUUCAUCUGCAUCUUCAUGGUGAUCUCAGCGACGAACAAGUCACAAUUGCUGGAGGAAACUUAACGAUCAGUAGCAAUCGUUUGGAAAUUGGAGUUCUAGGUGAAGAAAGCGAACAAAGAAACGACGUUUGGAGACCUUAUUAAAGGAUUUAAGGAUUUAAUAAGAUAUUGACAGUAAAUAACAAUUCGUUACGUGCGUUAAUCAUUAAUAGUGAAGAAUGUUGAUGUGAAGCUCGGAGAAAGUUAACGAUGGUUGAAAGUGCUUUUUUAGAAUAUUUUCUAUUCUCGAGAACUCUUUUGAAACAUCAACGUAAGUACAUAUGUACUCAUAAAUUUAUUCUAAGGAAAGGCUGUUAAUUAACGAGUGCUAAAAAAAAAAGAUAUGUUGAAGAAUUUAAUCGUUUCUUGUAUAGUGCGAGAUGUUGCAAGAAAGGGCAAAAAAAAAGUUAUCUUAGACUAUCGUAAGGCAAUCUUGGAUCUGGUGUUAUUUUAAAGAAGACUGAGUACUCAGGAUAUCAGAUUUCAAGUAUUCUCAAGCUAAACGUGCUUUCUUUACGAUCUUAUCGAAAGCAGACAUAGGGUGAAUAAGUUUGCUCGAAGGAUAAAAAAAGAGAAAAAAAAGAAGAAGAAGAAGAAGAAUAGGAAGAAAGAAAAAGAAAAGUGAAAAAAG